CCCCCCAAUUAAGAAAUCUUGACUUGAGGGCCAAGAGGCGGCCCCCGACCACGGGGGGACCCUUCUGGGUUGGAAGACCUUCUGGAUGUAGCGUUGGUGGAACAUCUAGACCCUCUCCGCUGGAAAAGCCACCAUGAAUUCGGUAGCUGGGAAUAAAGAGAGGCUGGCGGUCUCCAGCAGGGGCAAGAAAUACGGGGUGAACGAGGUCUGCUCGCCCACCAAGCCCGCGGCGCCCUUCUCCCCCGAGAGCUGGUACCGGAAAGCGUACGAGGAGUCGCGCGCCGGCAGCCGGCCCACCCCCGAGGGCGCGGGCUCGGCGCUCGGCUCGUCGGGGACCCCGUCCCCCGGCUCGGGCACCUCGUCCCCCGGCUCCUUCACGGGCUCCCCGGGCCCCGCCUCCCCGGGCAUCGGCACCAGCUCGCCGGGCUCCCUGGGCGGCUCGCCGGGCUUCGGCACCGGCUCCCCGGGCUCCGGCAGCGGCGGCGGCUCCUCCCCCGGCUCGGACCGCGGCGUCUGGUGCGAGAACUGCAACGCCCGCCUGGUGGAGCUGAAGAGGCAGGCGCUGAAGCUGCUCCUCCCGGGGCCCUUCCCCGGCAAGGACCCUGCUGUCUCGGCUGUGAUUCAUGACAAGCUCCAGGUCCCCAACACCAUUCGGAAAGCAUGGAAUGACAAGGACAACCGCUGUGAUAUUUGUGCCACACACCUGAACCAGCUGAAGCAGGAGGCCAUCCAGAUGGUGUUAACCUUGGAACAGGCAGCUGGCAGCGAGCAUUACGAUGGCUCCCCUGGCUCACCCCCACCACUCUCCAACAUCCCCGCCUUGGUGGGGUCCCGGCAUGUGGGUGGGCUCCAGCAGCCCAGGGAUUGGGCCUUUGUGCCUGCCUCCUAUGCCUCCUCCAACUAUACAGCUUUUGUCACCAACAAGCAUAGCAGCAAACCCAACAGCCUUGGGGUUAGCAGUGGGGCAGAGAAGAAGAGUGGGUCCCCAACCCACCAGGCCAAGGUCAGCCUCCAGAUGGCCACCAGUCCCAGCAAUGGGAACAUCCUCAACUCGGUGGCCAUCCAGGCUCACCAGUACUUGGACGGCACCUGGUCCCUGUCGAGAACCAACGGUGUCACCCUGUACCCGUACCAGAUCUCCCAGCUGAUGACAGAAACAGGUCGUGAGGGCCUGACCGAGGCAGCACUGAAUCGCUACAAUGCGGACAAGCCUUCAGCCUGCAGUGUCCCGGCCUCCCAGGGCUCCUGCGUGGCCAGUGAGACCUCCACAGGCACUUCGGUGGCCGCUUCCUUCUUUGCCAGAGCUGCCCAGAAGUUAAAUCUGUCUUCGAAGAAGAAGAAGCAUCGACCUUCCACCUCUUGUGCGGCCGAGCCCCCGCUCUUUGCCACCAGCUUCAGCGGCAUUCUGCAGACCUGCCCUCCCCCGGCUCCUCCCUGUCUGCUGCGGGCCGUCAACAAGGUGAAGGACACACCAGGCCUGGGCAAGGUGAAAGUCAUGCUUCGCAUCUGUUCUACAUUGGCUCGUGAUACCUCAGAAUCCAGCUCCUUCUUAAAGGUGGACCCACGGAAGAAACAGAUCACCCUCUAUGAUCCCUUGACGUGUGGAGGUCAAAACGUCUUCCAAAAGAGGGGCAACCAAGUUCCUCCUAAAAUGUUUGCCUUUGAUGCUGUUUUUCCACAAGAUGCUUCUCAGGCUGAAGUGUGUGCCGGAACUGUGGCGGAGGUGAUCCAGUCUGUGGUCAACGGGGCGGACGGCUGCGUGUUCUGUUUCGGCCACGCUAAGCUGGGGAAAUCCUACACCAUGAUCGGAAAGGACGAUUCCAUGCAGAACCUUGGCAUCAUCCCCUGUGCUAUCUCUUGGCUCUUCAAGCUGAUAAAUGAACGCAAGGAAAAGACGGGAGCCCGGUUCUCGGUGCGGAUCUCAGCGGUGGAAGUGUGGGGCAAAGAAGAGAACCUCCGGGACCUGCUGGCCGAGGUGGCCACGGGCAGCCUGCAGGACGGCCAGUCCCCGGGCGUGUACCUGUGCGAGGACCCCAUCUGUGGCACGCAGCUGCAGAACCAGAGUGAGCUGCGGGCACCUACGGCGGAGAAGGCCGCCUUCUUCCUGGAUGCCGCCAUUGCCUCCCGACGGGGCAGCCAGCAGAAAUGUGACGAGGAUGACCACCGAAACUCGCACAUGCUCUUCACCCUGCACAUCUACCAGUACCGCAUGGAGAAGAGCGGGAAAGGGGGAAUGUCCGGAGGCCGCAGCCGUCUACACCUCAUCGAUCUCGGCAGCUGUGUGAAAGCUCUUAGCAAAAAUCGGGAAGGAAGCUCAGGGCUCUGCCUCUCACUGUCCGCUCUGGGCAAUGUCAUCCUGGCUCUUGUCAAUGGCAGUAAACACAUCCCAUACAAAGAGAGCAAGCUGACCAUGCUGCUGCGGGAGUCCCUGGGGAACAUGAACUGCCGGACCACCAUGAUCGCGCACAUCUCGGCCGCCGCUGGCAACUACGCUGAAACCCUGUCCACCAUCCAGAUCGCCUCAAGGGUCUUGAGGAUGAAGAAAAAGAAAACAAAGUACACAUCGAGCUCCUCCGGGGGCGAGAGCUCCUGCGAAGAAGGCAGGAUGCGCAGGCCCACCCAGCUGAGACCCUUCCAGGCCAGGGCCUCGGUGGACCCCGAUUUCCCCAUCCCUCAGCUGUCCAGCGACCCUGACUACUCCUCCAGCAGCGAGCAGUCCUGCGACACAGUCAUCUACAUCGGGCCCAAUGGCACGGCUCUCUCUGACAAGGAGCUCACGGACAACGAGGGCCCCCCUGACUUCGUCCCCAUCGUGCCAGCCCUACAGAAGGCCAGGGGUGAUAGCCGGCCUGUGGAGGCCGGAGGGGCCGCGGCCAGCCACUCAGAGAGGGACUGUUUGAAGUGUAACACGUUUGCUGAGCUGCAGGAGAGGCUGGGCUGCAUUGAUGGCAGCGAAGAGCCCAGUCAGUUUCCUUUCGAAGAGCUGCCUGCCCAGUUUGGGGCGGAGCAGGCAAGCAAGUGUCCCCUGUUAAGCCAGGGGGCCGGGACAAACCCACUCUGUGAGUCUGAUAGGGAAGAUAGCGGGUCUGACGGCCAGUCGACUGACAGAGAAGGCACUGACCCUCCUGCCUCCAAGAUGCAGAGAAAUCACUCGCCCGUCCCAGGCCCUGGCCCGGCGCUGCCCAGCAGCCCCACCCCUGCCUCGCCGAGGAGCAUCCCGGGCAGCAGCAGCCAGCACAGCGCCUCCAGCCUCCAGAGCAGCCGGGAAAGCCUGAACUCCUGUGGCUUUGUGGAAGGCAAGCCCCGGCCCAUGGGCUCCCCGCGGCUGGGCAUCGCCAGCCUGUCCAAGACCUCAGAGUACAAGCCGGCCAGCUCUCCCUCUCAGAGAUGCAAAGUCUACACCCAGAAGGGUGUCCUGCCUUCUCCCGCCCCCCUGCCUCCAUUGAGCAAGGAUUCCGGCAUGGUAUCUAGUGAGUCCCUGCUGCAGCCCGAGGUACGCACCCCCCCAGUUGGAAUGAGCCCCCAGGUUUUGAAGAAAUCCAUGUCCGCUGGGAGUGAAGGGUUCCCCGAGAGCCCCGGUGAUGACGAGCCCCAGGCAGCAGCUUCUCCAGAUUCUAAGAAGGAGAUCCUGAGCACCACCAUGGUGACCGUGCAGCAGCCGCUGGAGCUGAACGGCGAGGAUGAGCUGGUGUUCACGCUGGUGGAGGAGCUGACCAUCAGCGGGGUCCUGGACGGCGGCCGCCCCACCAGCAUCAUCAGCUUCAACAGCGACUGCUCCGUGCAGGCCCUGGCCUCGGGCUCCCGGCCCGUCAGCAUCAUCGGCAGCAUCAGCGAGGACCUGGAGUGCUACUCCAGCGUGGCGCCUGUCUCUGAGGUCAGCAUCACGCAGUUCCUGCCCCUCCCGAAGCUGGCCCUGGACGAGAAGGCCGGCGAGGCCGGGAGCCGACGUUCCUCCAUCAGCUCCUGGCUGAGCGAGAUGAGCGCCGGCAGCGACGGCGAGCAGUCCUGCCACAGUUUCAUAGCGCAGACGUGCUUCGGGCACGGGGAGGCCAUGGCGGAGCCUCCGGCCUCGGAGCUCAUUGGCAGCAUCCAGAACAGCGCCGUGGUGUGCCGAGAGAAGCCCAAGGCGGGCCCCGACAACUUGCUCAUCUUGUCUGAUGUGGGUGAAGACCCUUUCAACAAGGCGACCCCCAUCAAGGGCUGCAAGAUAUCCACACUGGGCAAGGCCAUGGUCACCAUCUCCAACACGGCCGAUCUGGGCAGCUGCGAAGGCUACAUCCCCAUGAAGACCAACAUUACGGUCUACCCCUGCAUAGCCAUGGGCCCCCGGCCCGUCCAGGAGUCUGAGGCGUCCGACGGCCCCGCCGUCAGCUCGGUGCCCAGAGCCACCCAGUCCCAGGACGGCAGAGAGAUGGGCGGGGCAAAGACAGAGAUGAAAUUUGAGGACCCUUGGCUAAAACGAGAAGAGGAGGUAAAAAAGGAGAGCGCCUAUCCCGGUGAAGAGGGGACUGGGUGUGAGGCCGCGACAGGCCCCCCGAAGCCCGAGGCCAGGGCAGAACAGGACAGGAAGGCUAGCCCUGGGGACAGGCUGAGCAGCAGCAGCGGGGAGGUGUCCGCCUCCCCUGGGAGCGACACCUUCAGGAGGGUCGUGGAUGGCUGCGAGAUGGCCCUGCCUGGUGUGGCUGCCCAGAGCCCCGUGCACGCCAACAGGAGCCUGAAGUCCAGCAGCCUGCCCAGGGCUUUCCAGAAAGCCAGCAGGCAGGAGGAGCUGGGCAGCCUGUUCUACCACUGCCCGGCGGAGAGCAAUGGGCUGGGCACGGCGCCCUGCAAGGCGACCCUGGAGAGGAAGGUGGCGUCGCCCAAGCACGGCGUCCUGGCUCGGCCCAAAGGGACGCCCCCCCUGCCGCCGGUCCGCAAGUCCAGCCUGGACCAGAAGAAUCGGGCCAGCCCCCAGCACAGCACCUGCAGCAGCGGCGCGGGCAGCCCGUCGCACCCCCCGGCGCCCUCGGCGGGCCCGCAGGCCGACGAGGCGGGCGGCAAGGCGAAGGAGGCCGCCAGCAGCAGCAGGCUCUUCAGCGCCAAGCUGGAGCAGCUGGCCAGCAGGACCAACUCCCUGGGCCGCGCCGCCGGCAGCCACUACGAGUGCCUGUCGCUGGAGCGGGCCGAGAGCCUGGGCGCCGGCGGCUGGCGGGCGCACGCGGGCAAGGACAGCACGAUGCCCCGCGCCGGCCGGAGCCCGGGCCGCGGCGCCGGAGCCUCGCCCACCGCCCCGGGCCCCGCGCAGGCCGCCGCCGCCGCCGCCCCCGCCCCCGGCCCCGCGUCCCCCAAGGCCGGCGCCUGCAAGGUCUCGGCCGUGAGCAAGCUCCUGCUGGCCAGCCCCAAGGCGCGCAGCCUGGCCGCCGCCACCACCAAGACGCUCAGCUUCUCCACCAAGUCCCUGCCGCAGGCGGUGGGCCAGAGCCCGGGCCUGGCGGCCAAGCCCACGUCCUGGUCCACGCAGUCGCUGAGCCGCAGCCGGGGCGCCGGGCCCGCGUGCAAGCCGCCCCCGCGCGCCGUCAACGGGCGCAUCUCCGAGCUGCUGCAGGGCGGCGCGGGCGCGCGGGGCGCCGAGGGGCGCGCGGGGGCGGCGGGCGAGGAGCGGCCGGCCGCGCCCCCCCUGCCCUCCCCCUACAGCAAGGUCACCCCGCCGCGCCGGCCGCACCGCUGCAGCAGCGGCCACGGCAGCGACAACAGCAGCGUGCUGAGCGGCGAGCUGCCGCCGGCCAUGGGCAAGACGGCCUUGUUCUACCACAGCGGCGGCAGCAGCGGCUACGAGAGCGUGCUCCGCGACAGCGAGGCCACCGGCAGCGCCUCGUCCGCGCACGACUCCACCAGCGACAACAGCAGCUCCGUGGGCGGCCGCUGCCGCAGCCUCAAGGCCCCGAAGAAGCGCUCCAACUCAGGUUCUCAGAGACGGAGGCUCAUCCCGGCACUGUCCCUUGACACCCCAUCCCCCGUAAGAAAACCUGCCAGCAGCACCGGGGUCCGCUGGGUGGAUGGCCCCUUGCGCAGCACCCAGAGGGGCCUCGGGGAGCCUUUUGAGAUUAAAGUCUAUGAAAUUGAUGACGUAGAACGGCUGCAGCGGCGACGAGGGGGCAACAGCAAGGAGGUCACGUGCUUCAAUGCAAAACUGAAAAUUCUGGAGCAUCGCCAGCAGAGAAUCGCCGAGGUCCGAGCCAAGUACGAGUGGCUGAUGAAGGAGCUGGAGAUCACCAAACAGUAUCUGAUGCUGGAUCCCAACAAGUGGCUCAGCGAAUUUGACCUGGAGCAGGUUUGGGAACUGGAUUCCCUGGAGUACCUGGAGGCGCUCGAGUGCGUGACGGAGCGUCUGGAGAGCCGCGUCAACUUCUGCAAGGCCCACCUCAUGAUGAUCACCUGCUUCGACAUCACCUCCCGGCGCCGAUGAAGGCCGGCCGGGCCCGCCAGCGCCUCGCCGCCCGGGACCUCGGAGACAGCGGCAGGAGGAUGAAGGUUGGUGCACGUCCAGAGUUAGCGCUGAGCGGAAGGCAGUUUUCUUUUGUUUUCUGUAGGAGAGGAGCGGACACCAGACAUGUGGGAGGAGGAAGUGAUGGGAAGCCCAAGGGACAUGGAAGCCCCGCGAGACUGAAGAAGCACUUUGAGGAACUUUCGAGAACUUGUUUAUACAUCAGGACUGCUGGCAAGAGACCUCUCUCUUCUCUGGCUUCGUGAGAAGGGGUGAGGGCGCGUGCAGGAUGGCUGUCGGGAGCUAAAACCACUCAACAGGUCACCUAGAGCGACUGAUUAAGUGCCUUGCAAAUCUUUAUUAUCCAAACGUUUAUGUUCAGACUUUCUCGUGUACAGAUGGUGCUAGUCCAGAUGAAAACACCACCACACACGCGGAAAUCAAGCGCGUUUUUGAAAUGUAUUUCCAGCUCGUUUUCUCUUGGUGUUUUAUCCUGUUUCUGACUUGCUGUUUCUAAGUAGUAUUUGUAGAUCUAUUCCCUACUCGGUAUUGCAUAUGAAUAAAUGUUCAGUGUCCUUUACAGUUCUUCUGGUAAGGCCACUCAGAACACAGAGACUUCGUGGGCCCGAGCUGCUGUGUCUCCAGAGACGGCAGGCACAGCAGGUGACAUGGGGCCACCUCUCCCCAGGGGCCCCGGGCAGCAGGCAGACUCGGGGGCAGGUGCAUGUGAGCUCCAGAGACACAGGGGGCUGCAUCUCUAAGGGAAAAGGAACCUUUAUGAGCAAGGCCUCCUGUGUCCUUUGAGAGGGGUGUUUGCUCCAGACACAGCUUCUCCCUCCGAGUCCUGGCGCACAUACUGGUUCCCUUACCCCCAAACCCAGGGUUUUCACAGCCGUCAAAAACAUCUUUUUUUUUUUUUUUUAUCGUUUUUAUCCCAAAGACCGGAUUGAAAGCUUGAACCAACCUGAUAGAGCCAUAUUUUUUGUUCUCUAGUUCUGCGAAGGUAUUAGAAGCAGGGAGCCUCUCCCAGGUUAGAGACCUUCUCAGGCUGGUAUAUGCUCAGAGACUGGCAACAGCAUUGGCUUAGAACAAGAAAGAAUGUUGGGAAUCACAUAAUGGCCCUGUGGACCAGAGUGCUGCUCAAAUGCAAAACGUCCCCAUUCCCCCAUGUCCCAAGGCCUCCAUCCCAAGAAAGGACAAGGCUUUUCCCCCUCAGUCUUGGCACCAGAAAGUAGAGAGGUUUCCUGUCGUGAACUGCACACCCCUUGAGAGGCAGAGCCCAGAGCUUCAUGCGUAGGCCUGUCUGGGCCCUCGCUCCCAGAACCAUAGGACUUCAUCCUCCGAUCCAGCUGUUCAUUCCUGCCUCCAGCCCCUUAGGGAUCAUCAUACCCGUUUUAGAGAUGGAACCUCAAGGUACCAAGUGGUCAGAGGAUUAUCUGAUAACAGCUGUGGAAUAGCAGGGGCUGCCUCCUACCUCUCGGGUCAGGGCCCUGUGGCCUGCCCACUGGUGAGGGUACUCGGGGUGUCACAGCGUACUAUCAGGUUUUGCCCUCCAAUGCAGCAUACCAUUGUGAACCUGUUUCUAGGUUUGACAGUCCCUGCUAUCCUGCACCUUGACCCAGCUGCUCCCCAAGGAAACAGAUCCGUGUGAACCUUUGCCAGUGCUCCUCUGGACACACGAAGCCCCGCACAGCUGGCUAGGCAGCCAGUGAAGCUCAGCUGAACUCAGAGCAGAGGGACUGGGGUCUCACGAGCUUCACAGGACGUGGUCCUUUACUGGUCAGAACAGGCCCCAGUGCCCCGAAGGCUCGAGUGUCUGGAGGUCAGCCCCCAGCCUGGAAGCCAGCCCUGUGGAUCAUGAGUCCAGCUCUGCAUUGUCUAAGAGCCUGCCCCCUGCAGACAUACACGCAGCAGAGAUGCACACAUCUCAGAGCUGAAGAGGCUACAACGCGGUGGAAGGUGCCCCAGAAUGGACCAGUCCCCCUGUAGUUUAGCAGGGAGUGUGUCUGUCACCCUAGGAAGCAGGGCCUCACCCAGCUCCUUGGCCUUCACGCCAGCCUGCAGGGCAGUUUACAGUUCUGGACACACCUCUGCCCUCACAGCACCUGUGUGAACAGGCUUAACAGCAACCAUAUGGAAGCUUCUGCACCCCAAGGGAUGCCCAUCUUCUGAGUCUGAGUCUGUACCCCUUUUGCUUGCUACUCUGAAAUAUACCACUCUGUGAAAAGCCUUUAAUUUGGGAAUUGUCAAAGAUGAGUAUUCUAGUCUUUGUUGGAAACAAAUUCACUUGAUGCAUAACCCACAUACUUAGCUCUUGUGCCGGCACAUGCCCCCUAGCCCCGAGGUCGCCACGCUGUGCUGGCUUCCUGAAGCAGGCCAGUGAUGGGUCCUGGUGCCUUUCCCAGAGCGAGAACAAGUAGAAACAGCUACAGAAAUUUGAAAUCUCAAUCUUUCCUACUACCUGCGCCUGCUUGUAUACAUUUGUCGCAACUUCAUGAGGUAGCAAAAGGGUUGAAUGAAACCAAGAGCUUUCUUACCGAGUCAGACUGGCUUCCCGAAGAUGCCACGCCAUGGACCAUCUCACAGAAUGUCGUCAGCCAGGCUGAGGACAGCAACUCUGUGUGGAGGUUGUCCAUUCUGGCUUUUUCUUUUCUUUUUCCUUCUUUCCCUUAAAACUCAGUGAGCUGCAAACAUCCUCAUGUACCAAGUACUGAUUAACCAUGUGAAGACGGCAUGAAUUUUGUGCUGUCACGUGCUGGCUCCUGGUUCUUCCUAGGAGUUGAUGCUGCAGAUGAUGCUCUCCAGGCACAAAGGGACACAGGCCUGGCCAACUCUUCUGAGGCUGUCCCCUUAACUGGCCACACGUGAAGUAGCUCCACAUUUUGGUUUUGGUGACACAUAACCCAGGAAAGCAAGGAGAAUGUCAACCCAUUUCCAUUUCGUUAUCCUCAAAUAAAAGGACCAGAAGCUUCUAUGUGAAAUUAACAUCUAGAUCCGCAAGCCUUCAUUCCUCAUCUGAAACCUGCCCAAACAGUUCAGUGUCAGGUGAGGCAUUAGCCAUAGAACAAAACUCAGACCCACAGAGGGGAAAUGGUGAUCUUGUUUCCCAGGGAGUAAAUCCAGAUUGCUUUCUGUGGGGCUGGUUCAUGCUGUGACCAAGUGACAGCGUGCUUAAUCCUGGGCUUGCGGUUCCCACCUGAGAGCUGCAAUCUUUGAUCUUCUCGUCCUUGAACUCCCCUCUCCAUCACUGGGAAGCUGUUGCUAACGUUCAUCUCUUCCAGAUUUGAAAUCAGAACACUUUGUGUGGUGUUUUAUGUCCAGUUGCUAUUGUGAACACACAGAACUCAUAGCAGAUGCAGAAGGCAGGCUCUACUGAUGCUGGUAGGCGUCCUACAAGGGACCCAGAGCUGGGGAAGGCAUGGAAGCCAUGCAGCCCAGCAUGCGGGACUCGACAGGCAAGAAUCUGGCCAUUGUUGUAAAUGUAGCCUCAAGCUUGAAGUCUGCAUUCCUGGAAGGUGGCAGUGACCUCCCUGUAGCCCCAAAUGCCAUCGGGGCAGGGGGCUCAAAAAGUCUGACACACAUUUACAACUUAAGUUCGUUCUUGGACUUCUGUGCUUGCUGAGCAAGAAACUCUUCUCUGGGCUCCAAAUUAUAGAGCUGAUGUCCAAUUUAGGUUGAUAUGUAACCUUUUCCAUAAGUGUCACUAUGUGAAAGCAGCUGACUGCUUUGUGGAACAGAGGUCCAGGCUUGUGAGAGGCGACAGACUGGCCUCUGCAGACACGGCGUCCAGCGUCCUCAGCCAUGGCCAGUGUAUGGUUGAGGCUUCCAAAAAAGCAAUGCAGUGAAGGUUUUAAACUUCCUUAAUCCCAAAAAGGCCGCAAAAGAAAUGACUAAAGCUGAGUCCAUUCCACGAUUGAAAUCAGGAGUUUAUUGUUACUUCCUUCUGGAGUCUUAGCCCACUCUGAGCAUAUACUGAAAGAUUUCCUCACCGUUAACUCACUGUUAAAGGUGAUCUCUUUUAAAUCCUGAAACCCUGUCAGUAAGAAACAGGUUGAAAGUCUUGUCACAACAGCCAAUGCUCAAAACUGCCUGGUCCCACUGUCCCCAGGGCCUCCCCACCACUGCCCAGGCAGUGCAGCCAGGCCUUCGGCGACAGAGGCCACAGCUCACCACUGCCACACGGGAGACCUGGCUGCCGUGGAUGAAGCCCACUCCUCUCUCUGCCCAGUGAGCCAAAGCCACAUGCCCAGCUCCAAUGACACUGCCAAGAGUGGUCUAACAUGGUUUGGUGGGUGGGGGUGGUGGUCAGGGAGCAGACGGUAAAAUACUUCGUUCCUUUGGAUUAUAAUAGCUCUUUUUCCUCCUGCAGCAAAUACCUGUUGGCAUUUGUGGGUAAGAACUCGCAAAGCGUGUCACUUAGCAAUUUCCCCGACACACACACACACACACGCACACACGUGUGUAUGUAUAUUUUAUAACUACAAACUGUUCAUUUCCAGAUAAAAACCUAGUUCCAAUCCAGCAGAUGCUCUUGUAACUCAAGCCCACCUUCUCAGAAAAGUUUUUGAUCCGAUCGCAGAAGCUGGUUUACCCACCCCGUAGAUGAAUACAUUCUGCUUUUGGGCAGCCCUCAUCAGAACCGGAUGCCAAUGUCCUCAUACCAGGCAUGGAACAUGCUGGAGGCAGGAGACAGCCUUCAGCGUGCCCAAGGAACACUCUGGAAACCCAUUCAUGCCCCGUGUCCUUGCACAUCGGGAUGAACACUGAAAUGGGGCCCUCGCAUGUCCACGUCAUUCCCCACACUGCUGACCAACAGCCCACAGUCCUGUUCAAUUUUAGGAAAAGGUAGAAUUUAUUUGUAAACUCAGGAUAUUGUUUUGUAGCCUCACCUGUGCUUUAUAAUUUAUGUAUACAUCACGGUUGGAAAUGCUUUCCAAGUGUUAUGCAUUGAAGCCUAGGUGAGGGCAUCUGUGGCUGUCCUAGCCCCUCCUCUCAUGAGGUCUAUAACAGAGACACAUGGGCCCCAGAGGGGGAAAGAUAAAUAAAUCAGGAGGGCAGGAUUAGGAUCCAGUCCUCAAGCUAUCUGGCUUCGUGCAACAUCUAAGCUGUUUCCAUAGCGAGUGGCUGAAGGGAAAAGGUCCCAUCACUUUGAAUAUGAUGAUAAUGGGCUUGGAAAUCAGCCUCCACAGGCCUGGGUGGGAUUUCUGCAAAAUUUCUGUGAAAAAUAUGGACAGUAUGAGGUCCCCAGAGUCCCCUGAGACCCCCACCCACCCACCCCUCAGGUGCAACCAGAGUUCUUCACCUUGGAUGCAUUAGUACCUGUUUGUUCUGGAGAAACCAAAGCACUUUAGUGGAUUUUACAACCCGUAAUACUUAAGGCAUCAGGUCCUCUCCUCAGUCUGAGAGGUGGAGAGGGGCUGGGGUCAGUAGUCUCAUUGGAGAAGGAGCUCUAGCCUGGAGCCAGGGGUAAGGACGCUGGGCCAGGCCUGGUUCCCUCCCUCGCUAUGCAACUUGGGCUCCCCAGGGGGAGAUUGGGGUUCAAAACAGCUGCCCUUCUGGGACAGUGUAGAGAGAAAGUGCUAUCAGUGAUGGGAAGUGCUUUGACGAAGUGCUCCAUGCGGGAGCUGGGGAUGAUCCUUUAGAGAUGAAGAAACAAGUCAAGAGGCAGCGAUUGGCCCGAGUCCGCAGAAUAGUUUUUAGGGUGGAACGUGACCCGAGUCCAGAAUCUCGGGCUCUUCCCAGGAGGUGCUGGGUGCACCAGGUGUGUGAACACGUGGACGCACAUCAUGCCCCUGUACUGGCGUGCAUGUGUGUGUGUGCGUGUGUGUGCGCCCGGGGCGUAGAUGGAUGCAUGUGUACAGAAGGUAUGUGGCAGGAUGGAAGAGCAGAGGGCAGAAAAUAGGACUUCUGAUCCCAGUGGCGUCAGGAGUCCUGUGGCCGUGGAUCCGUGACCAAACUUCUCCGGGACUCUGUUUUCAACUCUGUAAAAUGGGCACAUUGUGCUACAUGAGCGUGGUGGUUCCUGCCGCCUAGUAAUGUAUGUAUGUAUAUAUAAACCUGCUUAUCUGUAGACGCGGGCCAACUUGGAAAUGGGACACGAGGCCUGCCGAGUCACUCAUCUGUGUGAGAAACGGCCGAUUCACAACAAGGUCACAGAAUCUUGAUUUAAAAUUCACUGGUAGUAUUUACGAUCAUGGUUUUAAAUUCACUGUUUUAACUGGAUAAAGGAUUGGUGCCGUCUUAAAGAUCAAGUUCUUAGCUUAUAAGUGUUUGCUGUUAAAACUUUUUAAAUAAAGUUCAUUUGUCGAAGGCUGAAAUCCCAACUAUUCUGUACUUGGGCAGGUCCCAACAGCCUCUUUGCAAACAGGCUGGGUUUUGUGUCUGCGUCCAUACAUUGCUGUAUCAAAGCUAGCCGCUGGCUCGAUCCUGAUAACCAUGAGCAGGCUACCUGGAGAACAGUCUGGAAGAGAAAGUUCUAGUUCUCACAAACUGAUGACGAACCCAUUAAGCUGUGUGCCAUUUCCAGUGUGAAGACGUUGUUUGCUGGCGACGAUCUCUGACUUUUUGUGGCAUAUGAGGUGUAAAAUGUUGUCAAAAAGAAUCUGGUGUUUAAAAAGAAGCAAACUAUGGUGGCAUUAAAUGUUCACUUCUAUUCUA